AUGAAAUCCCAUGAAGAAGAUCCAUUAACGAAGUUAAAAGAACUGUGUAGUAAUGAUCAUGCUUGCGCAGAAUUAAAAGAAAAAUUAGAAACAUGUAAUGAUCGUGUAAACGGAAAACCGUGGACAAAGGAAACAUGUCAAGAAGAAUUACUUGAUUUUCUUCAUUGUGUAGAUGAAUGUUGGGCACCAAGAAUCCUAAAAUAUAUCAAAUAA